AUGGAAAUUGUCGACGAAAUUAAGGAUUCUACCGUUAACGAAACGGAUUUGAUUUUUUACUACAGAAACCUCUGCCCAAUAAGUGACCUAUGCAACUGGCUGAACUACAAAAAUGACCAUAAGUCCAAGUACACCAGGCUGAACGACCCCAAUUUUUUUGCCAAGAGGGAAUUCUCCUUCACUUGUAAGAAGAAUGAUCAAGGGAAAGAAGAAAUCUAUAUGAGAUGGCUGUCCUUUAACAACGCGGAGGAAUUCAAGGAAAAACUGCUGUCCAACUUUGUGCCAAUCAAAUUUGAUAUCGGUGCAGUGUACAACUACCCAGUUUAUCAGAAGGAUCAAAAGGGCGACAUAUUUCACCCCGUUCAAAAGGAACUUAUAUUUGAUAUUGAUAUGAACGACUAUGACGACAUCAGAACUUGCUGUAACGAUAAGAAGGUGUGCAAAUUAUGCUGGAAAUUCUUAACUAUAGCAAUAGAAGAAGAGGAAUACAUUGUUGGGUAUAAUCCUUCUUCCCUUUCAAUUUGCCUAAAUCAACUUUGGCCUAGUCAUCACCAGCUAUACGCCUACAACAUUCCAUUUUAG